CCUCAGCCCUUGCCCUGGUACCCUCCCCUGGUGCGGAGAUGGCCCUGGAGUCCAACGAGCGAAUGGACAGCCUGCUUGCCGGCCUCGCUGGCCUGUCUGUCGGUCCAGCUGGCGGGUCCGCGCGCAACCCGCUCGUUCUCGACGACGCCGACGAGCUGCCGGUUGCCGAGCGUACCCGUCCUGUGGUGGACUCGUCGUUCCGGCCAAUGAUCGCGAGCGACGAGGUGAAAAGGCUGCUCCGAGCGCGCGGCGCGCGGCUCGGCGGCGCUUCGAUGGACGGCAAUUGCGCGCAGCGGUCCAUCCUCUGCUCUGUGGGUCGCAUCUCGCAGGCCGACGCGCUCGCGCCGGCGGGCAAGCGAAUCCGCGAUGAGCGGCGGCAGGUCGUGGACCGAAUUGUCUCUUGCGGCACAGAUGCCGACGAGGAGCGACUGGGCACCUCGCUGCCGCAGAUGCGGCGGCACCUCGGACUGCCAGCCGACCCGGCGCAGGCCGAGGCUGCGCUCGCCGCCUUUCGCGCCUCUGGCUAUUGGACCUCGACGGGCGCUGCCUUCACCCUCUUUCUAUGGGGUCUCGCCGACCUCGUCGACCGGCCAGUGGUCGUGCUGCACCGCGACACCGCGACGGAGAGCGUGGUCGACCCCGUGUGCGUCUACCGCGCCCGCCGCCCGCUCGCGGGGCCCGGAGAGGGGCUGCGGGCCGAAAACCGGGGCGUGUUUGCGAUGCUGCCGUUCAGCGACGUGCUCCGUGCGCUCGAUGACUGGCGCGAGGCGGGUGACGGGCCGGACUCGUCGCGCACAGACCCGCCAGUUGCCAUCGUUGAGUUCGUACCCGGCCAUUUUUCGCCGUUCGUGAUCUCAAGGAACUCAUAAUUUUAACGUAGGUCGACGAGGUAGUCGCGACCCAGUGUGUGUACUAUGUGUGCUCUGUCGAGUGUCGUGUCUCUGUAAAGAUAAACAACACGUGUGCUGCAUGUGCACACGUCGGUGUGACGUGU